GCCGUAACCAGUAGAGAGCAGAGUGCAGUGGACAAAGGAAGACAACACCUAGUUCUCCACAAGGCAUCACCAUUCUUCAGGAGUCCCGACACGCAACAUGCUGACCAAGACAGUAUUCUUGCUGCUGGUGGGUCUGGCUACCGUCGCCUUGUGCGCCACCACCCUAAGCCAACCGAGACGAAGUACCCGAAGCAGGCCGACCCAGACGUCAGAGGUUCCCUCAAACAUCAUCAAGGCGGAAAUGGCCCACUGCCAGCCUGAGAAGAAGACGGUGCAGCUGGACCUGCCCCAGGAGUACGGCACCGUGUUUUUUCCAACGUGUGUGAGAGUGGAGCAGUGUGGCGGGUGCUGUGGCCAUCCUUUGCUCACCUGCAGGCCCAGCAGCACAAAGACGGUCACGUAUGAGGUGACGAAAACCACCGCAGACAACAUUAGCAGCCCUUACUAUGUGAAUGUCACCAAGCACCUCAAGUGUGAAGAAGUAUGUUUGGAAACGGAGCAGGACUGCACGCCAAGCCAGAUUUACGAUGAGAACAAUUGUGAAUGCAUUUGCGAGAACGAAGAGCAGAGGCAAGCGUGCCAGAAAAGCCAGGACAAGUUGUGGGACAAAGACUCCUGCACCUGCAAAUGCCGCAAAAACGACGACAAGUGCAGCACCGGGCAGUCAUUCUCCCAGGAAUCCUGCACGUGAGAGAGAGAGAGAGAGAGAGAGAGAGAGAGAGAGAG